AUGAUUCUACGUUCUUUUUUGUUUUUUUACUUUAUGUAUUAUUUCUUUUGUUUUUUUUUAACUUACUUUAUUUUUUCUAUCAUUUUUUUCUCUUUACGUGCACACGCUUUCUUUCUUUUACUUAGUAUUAAUCAUUUUCUUUCACUUUCCUUUUUCUCUUUCUCUCAUUUUACAGCUUCCCUUCUUCCGUGUUACCUAGACCUCAUCUUUUCUUUACUUCUUUCUUCCUUAAUUUUGCUUUUAUAUUUUCAUUCACUCUUUUCUUUCUUUCUUUUUAUUUACUAUUUUCUUGUCCGUUACGACAUUUCAUUGUCUUUGUUUUUAACAUCUUUUUAUUCUAUAUUCGUUCUUUUUUUCGGUCUUUCUUUCUUUCUUUCUUUCCGUCUUUCUUUCAUUCAUUCUGUGUUUCUUUCAUUCAUUCAUUCUUUCUUUCUGUCUUUCUUUCUUUUUUCUUUCUUUCUUUCUUUUUCUUUCUUUCUUUCUUUCUUUCUUUCUUUCUUUAGUGCAUUCUUUUUUUCGGUCUUUCUUUCUUUCUUUCCGUCUUUCUUUCAUUCAUUCUGUGUUUCUUUCAUUCAUUCAUUCUUUCUUUGCGUCUUUCUUUCUUUCUUUUUUCUUUCUUUCUUUCUUUCUUUCUUUAGUUCGUUUUUUUUUUUCGGUCUUCCUUUCUUUCUUUCUUUCCGUCUUUCUUUCAUUCAUUCUGUGUUUCUUUCUUUCAUUCAUUCAUUCUUUCUGUCUUUCUUUCUUUGCGUCUUUCUUUCUUUCUUUCUUUUUUCUUUCUUUCUUUCUUUCUUUAGUUCGUUCUUUUUUUUCGGUCUUCCUUUCUUUCUUUCUUUCCGUCUUUCUUUCAAUCAUUCUUUGUUUCUAUCUUUCAUUCUUUCUUUCCGUCUUUCUUUUUUAUUUCUUUCUUUCUUGUUUCUUUCAUUAAUUUGCUUGAAUUUUCUGAGCAUUUCUUUCCUUCUUUUUUUCUGA